AUAGACCUUUGCAAUCGAAUUUUGCGUAGUUCUAAAAACAGCUGUGGUCACACAGCUGAUGAAAUUUAUUUGCCACAAAUGCCGGUCAAUUUGUUUUAAAAAUUUCUGAGUGUGCUGUGUACGUUUAGCAGGGAAAAUGUCUCAACAUAAUAGAGAUGGAGAAGUCACAAAAGCCAGCCUUUUAAUGCUGAACGAUGAUUGCUUGCUGGAAAUCUUCAAGCAACUAAAUUUGGUGGAACAGGUGCGUUUGGCAACGGUUUGCCCACGUUUGCGUAGUGUAUUUCAAUAUUACUGCCAAAGGCAUUGCAAAAUAUUGCGAAAAUACGAUCUUAAUGAUAUGAGUACGCGUGAGAUAAGACGAUUUUUUGAAAUGGCUGGUAAUUACUUAGAGGAACUUGUUAAUCUACCCUAUAAUGAUCAGGAACGUAAUGAAUAUGUAACGCAAGUAAAUAAAAAUUGUCCAAAUGUACGACGAAUUUAUUUUGGAAUGACAAAAAUAAAAUCCAAAUGUUUACGCAAAUUACUUAUGAAUAUGAAACACUUAAAUAGUUUGCAUUUGCAAAAGUGUUCGCUGGACGACAAUGCAAUGAAAAGUGUAUCGGAAUUGGCAACCUUAGAGAUUUUGAGACUAGAGGGUGAAGAAGACAUAACGGGACGCUAUUUAAGUAAACUAAAAUGCCUAAAAGAACUGACUUUUGUUGAAUGUGGCAUACAGGAUGACUUCUUUGUGGAAAUUUGCACAUCGCUUAAGGACCUCAAAAAGCUAACACUACAAUGGUGCGAUGCGCUCACUGAUGUGGCUAUUUCAGCGCUGCCAGUCAAUUGCGUAAAUUUAGAAAAACUCAAUAUAUCGUGUAAUCAAAGCUUUGAAUACUACGAUAUAGCACGGUUGCCACGACUAGUUGAUUUGGAAUUGUCUGCCGAAAUGUUUAGAACACAAUCAUUUAAUUUAUUACUCAACCGUUUAGCUGACCAAAAGGGUGAGCAAUUGGAGUGUUUGCGUAUUUUUUCGCCCAGACUCAUUGUUGAUGACGGUAUGCGACCUUUGUCACAAUUUAAGAAUUUAAAAGUAUUCGGUUGCGAUUGUAGUAAAUAUAUAGAUGCUACAUGUUUGCGAUAUAUUUGUGCAUUACAACACUUGGAAACAGUGAGUUUAAGGUACUGUCGCUCAGUUACUAAUGAAGCGGUGUUGGUGUUGUUGGACGGCUGUCCAAAGCUAAAGUAUAUUAAUGUGAUGCAUUGUGAUCAGUUAACAGAAGAGUUGAUCUAUAAGACGAUAGACUUGCUGCAAAGAAAGCAAGUUGACAAGCAACGUGCACGUGAUAAUUUGCCAGUGCUAAUGAUGGUUGCCGGCACGAGAAUAAGGCAUAUAAUUUUGGAUGAUACCAAGUACUUAGAAGCAUUGGAAGGUGGCCUAUUAAAGCUGAGCUUCGCCAAUCCCUUUCAAUUCCCAUAUGAAAAUUUAUACUACACAUAUAACGUGCCAGCCAUUCGUGAACUUAAACACUUUUAUUGAAAGCCGAAAUAAAUAGUUCUUUUCGCGCAUUGUUAUUAGCAGUAGUUACAGAACUAAUAUUAGAAAACUGAAAAUAUUUGUUCGUUAAACGCUUUUAAACACUGCCUACGUGCUUUGAGUGGUUAUUUUGGUUAUUUAGUUAUCGCAGAAUUGCAAUGUUUUUUUGUGUUUAAUGUUUAUUUACGUAAUUGCUUAAAUUACUCAAUAUUUUUGUACAACCUAACUGUGUAUAUAUUUAUUGCAAAUAAUAACGAAAAUUAUUUGUCUCGUAUUACAUUAAAUCGGCUUUAUGCUUCAACUGAUGACUUUAUAUUUGUUUGGUGUAUUUCAAAAACUAAAGUUUUCAUAUGAAUUAAUUAAAAGUUGUUUAAAAUUAUUUUAAAACCAGCUGAAAUAUUUAAACGGUAAAACAAAACAUAAGAAAAUACAAAAAAAAAAUAAUAAUUUCGUUCUUUGAUAAAUGGUUAAAAGUGAAUUGCACAUGAACAGAAAAGCAAGUUUUAACAUCUUAAUUUUUUUUUAUAAAGAGUUGAGUAUUUCGCUCAAAAUCAAUGGUUCGUUUAAAUUUUUCAAAUAAUAAUUUAUUGCUGUGUAAAUCAGUUAUCAUUUAAUUGUGUAUUAUAUAUAUAUUUACGAAGUUGUAGUUCUAAAAAGUGUUCUUGCCAUAAAUGCAGCUGGCGCUAACAUGUGUUAUAUAUAGUGUUAAGAAAAUUGUUUCAUAGAUGAUUAUAAAUAUUAAUAAACGCCACAACUGUAAUGCGUGCAAGAGAUUUCAAA